ACUCCGCUCCCGCCAACCGCUGAGGCACCCACUAUAAUGGAACCGGGCGUUUUCUUCGGCACAAAACCGUUUUGUCGACUCAGCGAAGCCCUCGAGGCUGCAGCAGAUAUAGCAGAGAAUGCUGAAGACGACGUGGAUGUCGUCAUAAUUCCUCCGGACCCAUCAUCAGAUACCGACGAGGAAGAAGGAGACGAGGACUGUACGGCCUCUGCGCCCGUAAAUGACGUUUCUGGCACUCUGGAAGUUCACUGGCGUGCUAAUGAAGAAGAAGCUGACAAGCGCGUCCCUCCGGUGAAGCGGGCAAAGGUCGCUGCCGUAAACUGGAGCCGAAAAGAACCUGAGUACACCUGGGGGAACUCCACUGACGGAGCAGUAGUGCGCAAGGCCGAGUUGAGAGCUCUGUAUGAAGGUUAUUCACCCAGUCAAAUCUUCAGUACCAUCUUUGAUGAUCACAUACUUACACACAUUAUAGUACAGACUGGCCACUAUGCGAAACAGAAAAACGAACAUGGCUUUUCCUUCAGUUUGGAUGAUCUGAAAAGGUUCAUCGGUAUCCUUUUGCUGUCUGGUUACCACAGCCUUCCACGACAGAAGCUUUACUGGUGCGUUGACGAAGAUGUUGGAGUGCCAUACGUAGCCAAGUGCAUGAGCCGAAAUAGGUUUUACGAGAUAAAAGGAUUCUUGCACCUAGCUGAUAAUGACUUGAUCAAGGGAUCAACUGAUCGAAUGUACAAAGGACGUCCUCUCAUGAACCUUCUGAAUGGGCGAUUUCAGCAGCAUGGAAUCUUUCACCGAAACCUUUCAGUAGAUGAGUCUAUGGUGAAAUACUUUGGGCACCAUCCUUGCAAACAAUUCAUGCGUGGCAAGCCCAUUCGUUUUGGCUACAAGAAUUGGAUGAUGUGCAGUGAUGACGGGUUUUGUUAUGCUUUUGAUACCUAGUGCGGAAAAUCUGCAAAAACAGAUAACAACCCUCUAGGAAGUCGUGUCGUUCUUUCUCUGCUUGAGGCAACUUCAAACCCGAGUGACCAUAUUGUCUUUUUUGAUAAUUUUUUUACCAGUCACAGUCUCCUUGUUGCACUCCGUAAUAAAGGAUUUAGGGCUACAGGUACCCUUCGUGAGAACCGGCAAAUGAAGUGCCCUCUUCCAAGUAAGAAAAAAAUGGAAAAAAAAAACAGAGAGGACACUUUUCCCAUUGCUUUGACCCUGUCGGUGAGGUUCUUCUUGUGAAGUGGAAGGACAGUAGUGUAGUAACAAUGGCUACCAACUACGACGGAAUUGUACCCAUGUGCUCUGUAAAACGGUGGUCAUCUUCAGCACAGGAGAAAGUGAAUGUGCAACAACCUAAACUGUUCAGCAGCUAUAACUGCAGUAUGGGAGGGGUAGACCUCCUAGACCAAGCUGCAAACAACUAUAGAGUUCGCAUUCGCGGCAAAAAGUGGUGGUGGCCUUUGUUUACUCAGAUGCUGAAUGUGGCCGUGGUGAAUUCUUGGAAAAUUUAUCAGUUGAUUGCAGAUGAGCCGGUCGACCUCCUUGCCUUCCUACGAAAUGUCACACGGUACUACCUCCGCCUCGGUACAAAAGUCCAUUACAUCCGUAGGCGGCCAGCCUCCAUCGUGAGUGACAUUGUUUUGGACAAAGAAGGGCACUUUCCUAGCAAAUUGGAAAAGCAAUUGCGCUGCCAGUAUUGCCACAAGAGGUCCAUGUGGGCAUGCGCAAAGUGCAACAUUACACUUUGUUUGAAGCACGGAUGCUUCAAGAAGUUUCAUGCGUCAAAGACACAAUAUUGAGCAAAUGUCCAUUUUGCUAUGUAAAAGUCUCAUUGUACUAUUGAAAGUACACCUCUGUAACUUCUGAAUGAAUAAAUGAAUUUUUGACAAACUCGAGGAAUCUUCUUCCUGUGCAAAGCAGACAUUGUACACCAAAAAUAAACAAAAUUGGUGUGGUAGAUUUUUCUUGGUCCCUAAUGGGU